AAAGGUUAACAAGUGCUACCGGGGUCGAUCUUGCCCGAUAAUUGUUCACUGCAGUGAUGGAGCUGGCAGGAGUGGGACUUACAUUCUGAUUGACAUGGUCCUCAAUAGGAUGGCUAAAGGUGCUAAAGAGAUUGAUAUUGCCGCUACCCUGGAGCACUUGAGAGACCAGAGAGCUGGCAUGGUCCAGACAAAGGAGCAGUUUGAGUUUGCGCUGACAGCCGUGGCAGAGGAGGUGAACGCCAUCCUGAAAGCGCUUCCUCAGUGA